ACUCGGACUGCGGCGGUUGGCCGUUUGGGAGUCUCGGGGCGUUCCUCCUCGCCGCUCUAUUCUACCUCGCCUCUCGUCAUGUCGGGCCGCGGCAAGACCGGCGGCAAGGCCCGCGCCAAGGCCAAGUCGCGCUCGUCUCGCGCCGGGCUGCAGUUUCCGGUGGGCCGCGUGCACCGGCUCCUCCGCAAGGGGCACUACGCCGAGCGGGUGGGCGCCGGCGCGCCCGUCUACCUGGCGGCCGUGCUCGAGUACCUGACGGCCGAGAUCCUCGAGCUGGCGGGCAACGCGGCCCGCGACAACAAGAAGACGCGCAUCAUCCCCCGCCACCUGCAGCUGGCCAUCCGCAACGACGAGGAGCUCAACAAGCUGCUGGGCGGCGUGACCAUCGCGCAGGGAGGCGUGCUGCCCAACAUCCAGGCCGUGCUGCUGCCCAAGAAGACCAGCGCCACCGUGGGGCCCAAGGCGCCGGCGGGCGGCAAGAAGGCCACCCAGGCCUCCCAGGAGUACUGAGGGCCGCCAGCCCUUCCCGCCCGAGCCCUCCUCCCCCAAUGCCACAAAGGCCCUUUUAAGGGCCACCAUGUCCCUCACUGAAAGAGCUGAGCCACAUCGGCCUGCGGGGCCGGCCGGACGUCCCGCCCCCGCGCCACCCGGCCGCCCC